UUGUUUUACUUCCAGUCACGCGCCAGUCUCCGAUGAAACGGCUGUCGGCGCACAGUACGGCGCGCGCGCACUCGCCUUUCGAAACCACAUAUUUUCUAAAGUGUUACAAGUGUCGUGACUUUGUGAAACACCGAUAUUGUUUGUAAAUAUUAAUUUUUAUUAUCUACAGUGGCAAUGUGUGACUAAAUUUAUUGUGAAUUAGAUUUAUCUUGGAUUGCGAUUACAUUUUUCGGUAAUACCAUGAGGCGCGCAAUGCGAUGAACCAGGUGGUGGUGGCGUUGGCGUUGCUCGUGACGGCGACGCGCGCGCAGCUCCGGCCGGCCGACGCGCCGCCUGCCAUUAACGAUACACGAUGCGGUGCGGAGUGCGUGCGUUGCGCUGCGGAUGGGUGCGUCAAGUGCGCCCGUCUACUCGUCUGGCCGGGGGGCUCGUGUGCGCACGACUGCCCCGCCGGCACACGCGAGUCCUGGGCUCACGAUGAGCAUCUCAUGGGCCGCGUGUGCUAUCCUGCCCAUACUUAUAAUGAAGUGUUGGUAGGCGGCGCGUGCGGUGCAAUCAUAUGCAUAGGUUUAAUUGCUGCUAUAGCCGCGUAUGCCCGAUGUCGCAGCAAUGCACGAACGCAGGCUCAACCUUUACCACAACCAAACCAGGAUGAUGACGCACAGCUCCGAGAAUUUCACAAACAACUUGAUUGUUUAAGACCACAUGCAUACACUUUGCUGGCAAUAUUGAAUCAUACAAGGAAUCAAGUCCGAGAACUCUAUCAGCUUGGAAACAAUGACGCUGCAAUGGCUUAUAGUUGUGUGCUGAGCGACCUAGCGAAACUGCUGAUUCUUCUGAACAAACAACAGGUGCCCGUGGUCCCGGAUGAAUGGCAAAGGCUAGCCAGUUGGGCUGAACGAAUACUAAAACGCUAUCGUCGAGUAAGCUUGGGCCAACAGCAGCAAGAACAAUUGGUAAACUUCCUACCAUCCCCACCGAGUCAAGGAUCCGAUUCCGAAACUACUCAACAAUCUUUCACCACCUUUAAACCACCGUCAUACUCACCGUCUUCGUAUGAAAGGCACAUACUAGACAAAGAUUUAGAAAACCAGUGUGAAUGGAGUGAUGUGGGAAGACCCCCUAGCUACUCCCAAAUAGAGAGAGAAAGCGAAACUAUCGUCCUCUCCGAUCCUUGGGAGAGGCGCCCGAUAGUUAGACGGGAAAGUGUAUGGCUAGAGGAUGAACUCUUCGAAAUGACAAGGCGUCCUCAAGACGAACUUACCACGGAACUGUAAACUUAGUUUAUACUACGCAAAUGCGACAAGUACAAAUCUCACUAGAAUAUUCUUUUAAUUUAAUUACACAAACUAUAGAAUAGAAGAUAAUAGAAUGAGGUGCUUUUGUUUUGAAAAUAAGAAGUGCACCAACCCUAAAUAGAAUAAUAUAGCACCACUGAAACUAUGUAUAUUGUUUAUUUUUAGCAAAAUAUACUAACCAUGAAAAAAAGUAUCGGAAAUAAUUGAAACGGCGAAUGCAAUACAUAUAUCGUCAAAAAAGUCUUCAUUGCAUCUAUUUUUUUCUUCUAUUAUUGGUUUAAUAAAUAAUUAAGGCACAACCAAAGUAGGUAGUUAUAAAAUAGGAGUCUAGUCUGUUUUAAUUUUUUUUUUCUCAUUAAAAGCUAGUAACGCCCUAAUAAUUUCCACUCAUAUAUAAACAGAAAAUGAGUAUAAACAUUCUAUACAAACACAUAUUUUUACAAUUGCUUAAUUGAAAAUACAACUGUUAUUCAACCAGAACUUGAGAUUUCAACUGUUGUUGUUAUAUUAUAACGUAGCUUUAAUCUGCUAUAUUUUAAACCACCGCACGAUGUUAUGAUGUAGGAAAUAUUCAAGCAAAUAUUGAAUAUUGUUAGAAUAACAAUGUAAAAAAAAGCAUUAAGUAUUGUUAAGAUAGCUUAUAGCUUACUGCAUGUUUACUAAAACACCUACAUAAUAAUAUUUACUUCUAUUUAUAACUUUGUUUAGCAAAACACCUUGAAAAUGUAUUUAUUCAAAAUCGAUCUUUGAAUUCAUAAGCACAAUUAAUUUAAAAUUAAAAUGAAGUAAAAAUAAAUAAAAGGUUAAAUACAACGACUUAGAGUUAGAUAUAAUCUAUGGAAA